AUGGUAGUCAAGUCAACUCGACGGGACGACCUCAUCACCGACCUCGCCGAGACAUUCGCCAAUCUCCAACGAUACAAGAUCAAGCUCAACCCUUUGAAAUGCACCUCCGGAGUCCCCUCGGGACAGCUGCUCGGUUACCUCGUCUCCAAGCGCGGCAUCGAGCCCAACCCGGAGAAAACCCUGGCAGUCAUGCGAACCAAGCAGCCAACCUGCCUGGUCGAUGCACAAAAGCUCGCCGGCCGGGUCGCAGCCCUCAGUCGCUUCAUACUCAGGCUCGGUGACAAGCCCACGCCACUCUACCGCCUACUCAAGAAGUCGGAAUCGUUCGAGUGGACAGAAGAGGCACAACGGGCCCUGGAAGAGAUCCAACACGCCAUGCAGAACGCCCCUAUCCUCGCGGCCCCGCUACCACAAGAAACUAUGCUACUAUACGUCGCCGCGUCGAAUCGCUCGCUCCACGCCAUCAAGUCUCAGGCACUCGCCGACUUCCUCGUCGACUGGGAAGAGGCCCAGCAACCAAGCUCUCCCGCGGACCUCAAGCAUUGGACACUGCACUUCGACGGCUCCAAGAACCUUGAGGGGGCAGGCGCAGGAGUCGUCCUUACGUCACCAAAAGGCGACAUCGUGAAGUACGUCCUGCAACUCCGGUUCGAGCCCUGCACCAACAAUAUGGCCGAAUACGAGGCGCUCCUACACGGCAUGCGAGUAGCAAAAGAGAUGGGCGCAACACGGCUGCGCUGUCUUGGCGAUUCCGACCUCGUCGCCAGCCAGACAUCCGGUACCUGCGACACCACCGACGCCAACAUGAUCGCGUACAAGCGCGCGGUCGACCAAGCCGGCGUCUUCCUCGAUAUCCUCAGCCACCCCUCGGUGCGCGCACCUCGAGAGCUGGACAUCGCCGAGCCUCCUGCGCCCGACUCCAUCCUAGUCGCACUCGCCUCCGAUAGCGACGACUGGACGGAGCCAUACCUAAGCUACCUCGAACGCCAGGUGCUGCCAAUGAAUGAAACUGAGGCACGAGCGAUCGUACGCAGGUGCAAGUCUUUCACCAUUAUCAACAACGAGUUAUACAAGUGCAGCGUCUCGGGGGUAUUCCAGCGGUGCGUCGGCGCUGACGAAGGACGCAAGAUCCUGCGCGACAUCCAUGCAGGGGACUGCGGCCACCAUGCUGGCGCGCGCUCAAUCGUCGCCAAAGCCUUCCGGUAUGGUUUUUAUUGGCCAACAGCCCACGAAGACGCAGUCGCGCUCGUCCGCUCGUGCGCCAGAUGCCAAAAGUAUGCAAGCCAGUCGCACAUGCUGGGAUCAGCACUGAAGAUUAUCCCCCUCACCUGGCCGUUCGCCGCCUGGGGCCUGGACAUGGUAGGGAAAUUCAAAACAGCCCCCGGCGGCAUCAUAACCGACAACGGCACAAAUUUCGCCAAAUGGGAGAUGGCCGAUUUCUGCGAGGACAAAGGCAUCCGACUCGACCUCGCAUCGGUCGCACACCCUGAGUCGAACGGCCAAGCGGAAAGAGCAAACCAGAGCAUCCUCCACGGACUCAAGCCGCGACUAAUGGUGCCUCUGGAGCGCGCAGCCGGCUGCUGGGCAGAAGAACUCCCCUCCGUGUUGUGGGGCAUCCGCACAACACCAAACAGGUCGACCGGCUUCACGCCCUUCUUUCUGGUGUACGGUGGCGAGGCGGUCAUGCCCACGGGCAUCGCCUACGACUCGCCACGGGUCACCAACUACGCCGAAGAAGACAACGAGCGCGCUCGCCAAGACGACAUUGACCUCCUCGACGUGGCCAGGGACCUCUCAAUUGCAUCUCCCAUCUCGUUAAACACGAGCCCAAUCGCCAUGAUGCACGACUUGGUUCUGGGAGACCUUCAAUCACCGCUGCUGGAAGAGAAAAGUCCAUUAUCGGCCAAGUAG